UUUACUGGUAUGACAACUGGGAAAAUACUACAAAGACCCAAUCUGAAUAAGAACGCAUCGCUGCGAGAGUCCCACAGUAUGUCUGUGAUAAAUGAGAGACUAUUGAGUGCCUCCGCGGAAGGCAAGUCACAUGAGGUAGCUCGCUUAAUGAAGAGUGGCCGUUGUGCUGUCAACUACAUCAGUGAACAUGGCAACACAACUGCACUACACAAAGCAGCCGCCUACGGUCACAUCAAAAUAGUGGAGAUACUAUUGGACUGUGGAGCUAACACCAAUAUGAAGGACAAGGCCGGUUACAGCCCCUUACACUGGGCUUGUCAAAAUGGAUAUGCAGACGUGUCUGAGGCACUGUUAAAUAUCCAUGCUGAUGUUAACUCCAGAGAUAAGUAUGGAAGGACUCCGUUACACUUGGCUGCUGUUAACGGGCGCAAAGCUGUGGCUGAGGUUUUGUUGAGAAGAGAACCGGAAAUCAACGCAGUACCAAUCGAUAUCAUGGGUAAAAAGUCCGGAGCAGUGUACCAGAAUCCAUGGAAAGGGUUGACACCACUACAUUGUGCAUGUGAUUGGGGCCAUACCGGCGUGGUUGAUGUCUUACUGAAAGCCAAGAUCAAUGUCAAUAUCAAAGACACCGUGCUUGGUAGAACUCCACUCCACCUAGCUGCACUGAAGGGUCACCAGAAUGUGGUUGAUCUGUUGAUAAAAGCUGGAGCAGACAUUAAUGCUGAGGCUGAUAUUUUAGUUGGAAUGAUAUGGGGAUCAUCCGUCCAGAAUCCAUGGCGUAACUGUACUCCGUUGAUGUGUGCCACGUACUGGGGACACAGUGGUGUGGUCUUGUCAUUGGUCAAAGCUGGCGUCGACGUCAAUGCGGUAGAUUUGUCAGAGUAUGGUUGCACAGCUCUGCAUCUUGCAUGUAUCAGGGGACAUCUUGCUGUUGUACAGGCUUUAUUCCAAGGUAAAGUUGAUGCUGAUGCCAAAGCUGAUGUGAAAGUAGAUAAGUUGUGUGGUUCUAUAUUCAACAAUUCAUGGGAGAGUUGUACACCGUUACACUGCGCUACAUUCUGUGGUCAUGUGUCAAUUGUUAAACUUUUACUGAAGAAGAAAGUGCAGGUGUAUGCCCAGGACGCCGAGCGCAAGACAGCAUAUGCUAUAGCAAAAGAGAGAAAAAAUACAAAAUUAGCUGCAAUGAUAAUGAAACGAUGUCGGGAGUACCUAAUAAAAGAACUUUUUGUGAAAUAUGCUGAGCGAGUCGGCCCCGGAACACGGUGGAAGAGAUUAGCUCUGGCACUGUUCUUUUCAGAGGAGGAUAUUGACAAGAUAGAAGAGAUGUACAAAGAUGAGGAACCCGAUGACAGAUACAAAAAGAGUUGCGUACACGUGUUGAAGAUCUGGUUGGAUGACCAAUCAGCAUGGCCGGAUUUACAGGAAGUGGACGAUGCCAUGCAUAAAAUAGAGAAAAUUGGAAAAGGAGACGUUAUGUUUGGCGGAGAUUCCUCAGAAGGUGCAGGUGCUAGGGGAAGAAGAAUGUCCAGCUUUGCUGGGAAACAUUUACUGAAUGGAAAAUAA